UCGCCGGCCAGCCAGCCAGGCCGGGGGCAUUCAUGUUGGAGACGCCGAAGCAGAAACGUCAGCGAGUGGUCCUUCUCCGAGUUGAUCGCAGCGCCAUGCGCGUGUCCUGCGUCGUCCUCCUGGCCACGGCCGUCAUCGGCUGUGGUCUCACGACAGCCAACGCCGCCGAGCCCAGCCUAGCCGACCUCAACGGGCACAGUAUCUGGACGCAGCUGGAAGAGGGAUUCCGCGGCCUGCAGCAGGCUGCUCUGGGCCGGCCCAUGCGACUGCACCCCGCCCUGCAGCAGGCCCUGCGAGGGGUGCCCGGGGUCCUUCCCGACGGCAGCCCCGCCUCCGCGGAGGACGAGCGUCCCGACGAGCCCCCCGAGCAGCACGACGAGGAGGACCUCCUCUCCGGCGUCAUGUCGGACGAGAAGGGGGACGAAGAUUCGUCGGAGGAGGAGGACGACGGCGACGACGGCGACGCCGCAUUCCCCGCAGGCCCAAUGCUGUUCCCCAUUCAUUCGCUCUUCGAUUCGUUCUCAUCCGUUUGGUGGAAGGGACCCAAUGUCUGCAUCACGCGAGAGGAGACCGACGAGACCCCCAAGAAGGCCUCCUCGUCGGCGUCCUCGAGCCAGGAGGACGGCGGCGACUCCAGCGACUCGAGGGACUCCAGCCCCGAGGACCACAGCUCGUCCAUGUCCGUGCAGUCGUGGCUCAUGCCCGGCAUGUUCCAGGACUUCCACUUCUCCAGCUGCUCGCAGACCCCCACCACCUACGAAUGCACCACCAGGUCCGCGCACCACGGCGUGCGCAAGAAGGUGGUGACGACGUACCGCUGCUGCCACGGCGCCCGCCGCGAGUACGGCCGAUCCGGAUGCAAACUGGUGGACAUGAGCUCGAUGCUGGACACGGCCGGCGAGCUGGGCUCCGUCUUCUCCAAGAUGGUCGUCUCGUCCGGGGCGCAGAGCGUGGUGGAGCUGGCCGGGAACGCGACGCUGUUCGUGCCCACCAACGACGCCAUGGAGGACUACUAUGACGUCAUCCUGGACCAGAACCGCGUGCGCCGCGCGCUCGGCCCGCACCCCGUCGUCCCCGUCAUGGUGUCCGACGAGGAGGCCCCCGAGGCACCCGCCACCUUGCCCGUCAGAGGACAGCCCGAGCACGAACCACUGCCGAUGCCCGUCGCCAUGGCCCAGAGUAGUGACACCGUCCUCCGCCCCGACGCCGCGGUGCCCGAAGACUUCUCCGCGCGCUCGGACGACGAGACCACCGACGCGGUGCCCGAGGCGAAGAUGGACGACGCGGUGACUGCGCCCCCGAAGGCCCCGAAGGUCCCGAAGGGUGACGCGGAGGUCGAGCCCAAGGUGGACGAGGCCGAGAGGAAGGACAACACCGUGGUGCCGAAGAAGGGCUGGCGGAUCAACGCCGCCAAGGCCAAGGACCCCCUGGACAACGAGCUGGCGGACCUGCCGGACUCCACCCUGGUGGGCGCGCACCGCGUCGAGGGCCUCGUCGACCUGCUCGAGGUCCGCAACGACCACAUCCUCAACACGACGGCCGGCACCACUAUCCGCCUCAACGUGUUCGCCACGGGCCCCAAGGGCCGCACCGUGACCGCCAACUGCGCGCGCAUCACGCAGGAGCGGCCCGCCGUGGGCGGCAUGGUGUACCAGGUCGAGAAGGUGCUGAGGCCCGUCAAGGCCGAGCGCACCAUCGCCCACCUGCUGCACGUCGACCCUCGCCUCUCCACCAUGAAAAGACUGGUGGAGCAGGCCGGGCUGAUGGAGACGCUCAAGACGACGUCGCCGCUGACGGCCUUCUUCCCCACGGACGAGGCCUUCGACAAGAUGGACCCGGCGAUGCGCUUCAAGCUGCUGAGCGGCGAGGGCUGUGUUGGGGCCUUUGUGAGCCACCUGCUGGCCAAGCACACGGUGUGCACGGACGCGGCUAGGAUGCGCGUCAGUGCCCAGACCCUGGACGGCGACUUCGUCAUGCUCAGGAGGGUGCCGGCCGACGUUGACGUGUUCACCCUGGACGACGUCAAGCUCGGCCCCCACGACAUCAUGGCUUCCAACGGCGUCCUGCACCUGCUCGACGACGUCGUCCUGCCGGACUCGGCCCGGCCGGUGUCGCAGCUGCUCAAGUCGCGCAACCUGACGCACUGGUACGACCUGCUGGAGAAGGCCGACCUCCUCGAGGAGGUGGACGCCGCCCAGAACGUGACGCUGUUCGUGCCCAACAAGGCCGCCAUGCUCUCGCCCGAGGGCGAGUUGCUGACGGACUUCAUCGGCAAGCUCGGCGAGGAGAAGAACAAGGCGGCGCUGCGCGACGUGCUGCGCCUGCACCUGGCGCGGCCCGCCGUCGAGCUGGACAAGAUGAGGAACAACCAGAUGCUGCCCACCAGCCUGGACGACACCAAGCUGCGCGUCAACCUGUACGCGACGGUGAGUUGUGCUGGGAUUCCGUUCCUGAACGGCGCCAUCACCAGCGCCACGGUGCAGUGCGCGCGCGUCGAGGACGCCAACAACAAGGCGUGCGGCGCCGUGCUGCACGAGGUGGACAGGGUGCUCCGGCCGGCCGAGGACUCCGUCAUGCAGAUGGUGGAGCAGCGCGCCGACCUCAGCGUGCUCCGCGACAUCAUCAAGGCAUCGUCCUUCGCCGAGAAACUGUCCCAGCCCAACUCCGCGGACUUCCCCGCCUUCACGCUGUUGGCGCCGACGAACGACGCGUUCGAGGAGCUCAAGGACGCCGAGCGCGUGGCCAAGCUCAAGACGGACAAGGGGCACGCCGACUCGUUCGUGCAGCGGCACGUCCUGCCGUCCACACUGUGCUGCUCCGGCGUGGGCGUCUCCUCAUGGAUGUUCACCCACCGCGUCCCCUCGCUCAAGAAGGACGUGGCCCACAAGGUGCGCAGGGACGGCCUGAACCGCCCCCACAUCGGCGACGCCGUGGUGCAGCAGUGCGACGCCAUCGGCAGCAACGGCAUCAUGCACGUCAUCGACACGCCGCUGAUCCCUCCGACGGUACGCCAGACAGCGCCUCAGAACAACAGAAGACGAACGUCUAACCUUGAAAUAUUGCUCUUUGGGCUGAAGUAAAAGAGCCGCGCUUUGAAGUAUUUAUUUUCUUUAUUUACGAUAGUGUAGAGGCCGUCUCUGGGGCUAUGAUAUCUUCAUUUCUUGUGAACUGGAGAGUUUCUGUCGAUCUGCACUGAUGCGGUGCACCUAAUUUAAUUGCUACUUUAAUUUUAAUAUGAUGAGGGAUGGAUUCUCAAAAGACUGCUACGGAUUUUAAGAAACGAUAAAUUAUUUUACAACUAUGUUAAUAUUUACAGUAGUAUGUUCCAACAAGGCUUGUUACAAUAUUUUUUCAGGUAAAUUUACCAAUUUAUGGACCAACUUACGGGAGUACGAGGUGAAAUAGAAAGGGUGUGAAAUAAGACAAGAUGAAUUUAA